ACGCUGGAGGCAAACAAGCGGCGGUCGAGGCUGUAGCCUGUCCAUCUCUCUGUGGUCGGAUUUUCAAUCCUCAUCGGACGCUGACAGGCAUGGCUCUGCCGCUUCUGCCUGGCAACAGCUUUAACCGCAAUUUGGGAAAGGAGAAGUUUCAUAAAUCCCAACACUGGGGCUUUUGUAACAAUGUCAGGAUGCUGGUGAGUGAUGAGAAGCCUGGAAUAGGUGGAGACCCGCUACCUGGACAAAAGAUAAAGCCUAAAAACACUGUGUUUCCAAAAGGAGAUGGAGCCGAUGCACCAUCCUGGGCAGCUUUUGAUAAGCAGGUAUUAUCUUUUGAUGCCUAUUUGGAAGAUGAAGUGCCUGAUAAAAGGCAAGAAAAGUAUAGAAUAAGAUACUUUAAAAUCUAUUUCUACCUUGAAGAUGACACCAUUCAAGUAAAUGAACCAGAAGUGAUAAAUAGCGGACUGCCUCAAGGCACUUCUGUCAAACGCCAUCGGAUUACUCUCCCACCUCCUGAUGAGGAUCAGUUUUAUAAUGUGUUUCACUUCAAUAUCAACACAGAUGUUGUCUUCUAUGGGCGCACAUUCAGGAUUUAUGACUGCGACAAAUUCACAAAGAACUUUUUGAAGAAAAUAGGAAUCAAACUGAAUCCUCCAUUACCGCGCCCAGUAGAUCCCUACAUGAAGAUGCGAAGAGAGACAUUAGAAUUUGUGGAUCCCUUUCGCCCUUAUCAGUCCUUUGACACCCUGAAACGGUUCCUUCAGUUUGAUGGAAAGGUUUUGCGUUUCUUCUGCCUGUGGGAUGACUCACACUCACUGUUUGGUGACCGUAGAGAAUUAGUCCUACAUUACUUCCUGUCUGAUGAUACUAUUGAAAUCAGAGAAUUACUGUCAAUUAACUCAGGCCGGGAUGCUAUGUCAUCAUUCCUUCGGAGGAGCAAGCUGCCCAAGUAUGGCCCACCUGGAAUAUUUCAACCAGGCCAGAUAACAGACCGAGCAGUCCUCAAUGUGUAUGGGGGCUUGUCAGAAUGGCGAGCAGAUGGCUAUCUGUUGGAUAAAUACCAGCUAGGAAAAGUAGAGCAAGAGUUUUACACAGAUCGAGACCUGAAAAUAGGUGCCACCAUCAAUGUGUGGGGAAGGACAGUCCUCCUCUGUGACUGUGAUGAAUUUACCAAGACCUAUUAUAGGACAAAGUAUGGAGUUGAUGAUUUUACCGCCAUUUCAUGCAAGCCUCCUCCUCUUCCAAAAAUAGAAAGGAAAUACCCACCUUACACUGGCUUUGGGUCUGAAGAGGAUUCUUUCCGCUCCUGCCUAGGCCUCAAGCUCACACCUCAUCGGAGGAACUUCAAAAAGUUCAUGGAACUAGACAGCUAUGGAAACAUAAGUAACACGCUCCGGUAUUUCGCAAAACUAGUCACAGAAAAAUGUGCUGAUUUUGACAGGAUGUUUGUUAUUGCAUUUUAUCUCAGUGAUGACACAGUUUCAGUAUUUGAACCUAUAGAGAGGAAUUCCGGGAAUGCUGGUGGAAUCUUCUUGAAAAGAAGCCGUGUGAAAAAGCCUGGACAAGAAGUCUUUAAAAGUGAAUUUUCAGAAUACAUCAAGGCUGAGGAGCUCUAUAUUGGAGCCACAGUGAAUGUGAAUGGCUACCUGUUUCAUCUGCUUAAUGCUGAUGAGUACACCUUAAAGUACAUGGAGAAUAACACAGACAAGUUUCCAUACAGCAACUUUGAACUUGCCAUACAAAAGCUGAAAGAAGAAAAAUCUAAGUCAAGAGAGAUCAAGCAGAUAUUUUCGGCUGCUGACCAUAACCACACAAAGAUGUUGCCUUUUAAUACAUUCAGAGAAAUCCUGAUAAACAUAACUAGGGGGAAGCUCAUAGAACAGGAGCUCAUAACCAUUGCACGUCACUACCAAGUGCCUAUAAUCAUGGAUCCUGACAUAACUUACUUAAUUGCACAAGCCCAUAAAAAGUUCAAGAAAAAUAUGUAUGAGAAUUUCGAUGUAUUCAUUUCUAACUGUGUGUAUGAAGACAGACAAAAAAAAGGUGUGUUACCCACCAAAGACAUCAAAAGGAUGUGCAAAUCUUCCAGGUUACCUUUGAGUGAUGAACUUCUAGAUAGCUUACUGUCCAGGUUUGAAGACAAAGAACAACAAAUCGAUUACGGGCUAUUUUUCUCUGUCCUGAACUGGAGAAUGAAUCCAACACCUGAAAUACAAUCCCCACCAUACCUUAAAGAGAAAUGUGAAGACAUUUGGACGGGAACGCCAUCACCUAUUCCUGUAAAAUUCGUUCGGUACUUAGACUUUUUGGAGGACGUGUAUGGCUUACAGGACAACUGACUGUGAAAGCUUCAAUCAACUCUUUGAUUUACUGUUCUCAUUCUGCCAUGUUUAUUUUACUAGACAUAAUUUCAUUAAAAACAAAAAGGAAGCAAGGUUUAUUUUAAAUGGAAAUCCAGGAACUACAUUUAAUCUCCUUCUGUCACUGUAGUUCUUCAGAACAGCCUGCUAUAUUGCUGCCAUACCAGCACUAUUAAAAAUACCAUUGAAAACAAUGUUGACCAUUUUUAUUGUAUGUAUUAUUUAUGAAUACCAAAGAAUCUUAUAAUAAUUUCUAUCUAAUAUAAUUUGAUUCAUCACAAUAUGAAAAGAAAAUGAUUUUUGACAGCUAUGCAUGAUAAUAUAAAAUCAAAUUAUAUCAGAGCAAUAAGUUGUGAUUCUGUUAAGCAUUUUUGAAAUCCUUUUGACACAUGUUUAUUACUUACAUAAUUAACUUUUGUAGCAACACACCUCAUCAAAAAUAAUUCUUAAA